UAUUCAGUGUUGUUCUAUUUCCCAGGAUGCUCCAGGAUGAAACGCCAUAGGCAUCUCAGCAGCAGUGGCAGUUCAGAUGAGUGGAGUUCACUGGUAUUCCGGAAGGACCUCAUCAGUGCCAUGAAAAUUCCAGAUUCUCACCACAUUAAUCCUGACAGCUAUUACCUCUUUACUGAUACAUGGAAGGAAGAAUGGGAAAAAGGAGUCCAGGUACCAGCCAGUCCAGAUACUCUCCCACAGCCUUCUAUCAGGUUUAUAGCCCAGCCGGUAAAGGAGACUCUAUUUAUCCGACCCCGGAAGUACAUCUGCUGUUCCAGCACAGAGACCACAGAGCCUGGCUACAUCAACAUUUCAGAGGUGGCAUCAGCUGUGUGCCGCUAUGACCUAGAUGACAUGGACAUCUUCUGGCUUCAGGAACUCAAUGAAGACCUCGCACAAAUGGGUUGUGGGCCAGUUGAUGAGAAUCUUAUGGAAAAGACAAUAGAAGUCCUGGAACGCCAUUGCCAUGAAAAUAUGAACCAUGCUAUUGAGACAGAGGAAGGGCUGGGCAUAGAGUAUGAUGAAGAUGUGAUCUGUGAUGUGUGCCGGUCUCCAGACAGUGAAGAAGGGAAUGAUAUGGUGUUCUGUGAUAAGUGUAACGUCUGUGUGCAUCAGGCCUGCUAUGGCAUCCUCAAAGUCCCAGAAGGCAGCUGGCUUUGUCGUUCCUGUGUCCUGGGCAUUCAUCCACAAUGUCUGUUAUGUCCAAAGAAAGGUGGAGCCAUGAAGACUACCAGGACAGGGUCUAAAUGGGCUCAUGUCAGCUGUGCUCUGUGGAUUCCAGAGGUCAGCAUCGCUUGUCCUGAGAGGAUGGAACCAAUCACAAAGAUCUCCCACAUCCCGCCCAGUCGUUGGGCUUUAGUCUGCAGUUUGUGCAAGGUGAAGACAGGGGCUUGUAUUCAGUGCUCAAUAAAAACCUGCAUCACUGCCUUCCACGUCACCUGUGCCUUUGAGCACAAUCUAGAGAUGAAGACCAUUCUAGAUGAAGGAGAUGAAGUGAAAUUCAAGUCAUACUGCCUCAAGCAUAGCCAAAAUAAGCUGAAACCUGGGGAAGCUGAGUACCCCCACCACAGGGCUACAGAACAGAGCCAGGUCAAAAGUGAGAAAAUCAGCCUGCGGGCACAGAAGCUUCGGGAACUGGAGGAGGAGUUCUAUUCCUUGGUACAAGUGGAAGAUGUGGCCGCAGAGCUGGGGCUACCUACCCAGACUAUAGACUUUAUCUAUAACUACUGGAAACUGAAGCGGAAAAGUAACUUCAAUAAGCCAUUAUUUCCUCCAAAGGAGGAUGAAGAAAAUAGACUGGUACAACCAAAAGAAGAAAAUAUUCACACUCGCAUGAGAAUGUUUAUGCACCUGCGGCAGGACCUGGAAAGGGUCCGAAAUCUGUGCUACAUGAUAAGCAGACGAGAGAAACUGAAACUGUCACAAAACAAAAUGCAGGAACAGAUCUUCGGUUUGCAAGUCCAGCUUAUUAACCAAGAAACUGCUGCAGGACUUCCUUUGACAAGUGCACUAGAAAACUCAUUGUUUUACCCACCACCAAGAAUAACUUUAAAGUUAAAAAUGCCCAGAUCAACCCUGCAAAACUGCCGAAACAACUCCACAGAGACUGAUCACCAACCCCGCUCUCCUGACAGCGACUCCCCUAUUCAUAGUAUAAGGAGCAUGCAGGUGCCUCGGGAGUCUCUGGAAAUGAGAGUGGAAUCAUAUUCGAGAUAUCCACUAGAGAGCAAGAGUAACCGUUUGCUGGCCAGUCUCAGCCAUCCCAGAAGUGAAGUAAAGGAUUCCAGUCCUUCUUGGAGAACCUCGUCUUCAGAAUUCUAUCAUGGGCAGUCACUGGGAAAGCCUCUGGUCCUUCAGGCUGCCCUCCAUGGACAGUCUUCCAUUGGGAAUGGUAAAAGUCAGCCUAACUCAAAAUCUGCCAAAGCCAAUGGCCUAGAGGGCAGCUGGUCUGAGAAUAUCACCCAAAACGACAGCUCAAGUGAGAUGUUCUGUGAUCAGGAGUCCAUGCUCAGCUCACACAGUCAGGGCAGCUUUAGAAAAUCCACCAUGGAACAUUUUGGCAGAUCCUUUAAAGAGGCCACCAAUAAAUGGGUGAGGACCACAGAGGACCUCCAGUGCUGUGUGAAGCCAGCCAAGAAUAUGAACCCCAAGGAGCAGUUCUGGGGCAGGCAGCUUCUCAAGCGAUCUGCAGGGAAAGCUCCUUAUCAAGAAAAUGAUGGAUAUUGCCCAGAUUUGGAAUUGAGUGAUUCAGAAGCAGAAAGCGACGUGAAUAAAGAAAAAGUCAGGGUAAAGAGAGAGAGCUUAGACAGGGAAAAUCCUCCGCAUGACUCUAGACAGGAUUGCCCCAGUAAAAGCAAGCCACACCCUCUUUCCCACAGUUCAAUGCAAAGGUGAUUAGAAACUCCCAAGGAUAACCUAAUCUUUGCCUUUGCCCCAUGUACUGGGGAAAACCCAUACACCAAAAGGAUUCUAGCAUAUGUUAGGAGAAAUUGCAGUGAAAAUGAAAUUUUUCCACACUAAAUUGGCUUGCAGUUUUUUGAAAGAUUUCAAGUCUAGUUCUUACAAGCACAUUACAGGAAUUGCAGAUUUGUCAGAGGUUAUUUAGAACAGCUGGGCCCACAGUAUUUGUUCAGUAAAUAUUUUCG